AUGCCGCGCGGUCGUGCCCGUGGGGCUUCCCGCGGUGGGGCUUCCCGCGGUGGGCCCUCCCGUGGUGGGGUCUCCUCCCGUCGAGAGAAUGCGACCAAGAACACCAAUACACAGGUUACCAACCAUCCGGAGCUCCCCCCGUUCCCAGCCGACCGCGAGAAAGGCUGGACCGAUGAAGACUUCGCCUGUUUUGCGAAGUAUCCGUUCUUCCCUGCGCAUCGCGACAUCAGUCAGCUGCAUGAGAUCAGCAUUCCGGCGCCGCGGCUGUGGCUGAUGUCAGCCACUAACCCCGAAUUUGUGGCACAACACAAGAAAUUCGACUCCGGUUUCAUGACCAGCCACCGUCUCCCGACGCACGGCGGAUACCACAACAUGCACGCCUUUCUGGACAUGGGUCUAGAACCCCCGGGCUGGUGGCAGCGGACUAUUAAGGAAAAUCCUGAUGAGGGGCUCCGGUACCCGGUUAUCCCAGCAGAGUCAGAGCCCCAGUCGGCUCAGCGGGCCGCUACCGUCAAUGAUCAUUCCGCGAAGCGCCUGAAAGGCCAGACGCUGGCCUACGUCCUGGAGGUGAACAGUAAUCUCACCAACUCCGACUACGCCGCUAUCCUAAGCUAUCCUUCCGUACAGACAAUGGCCUUACAUACGGACCUGGAAGGCAAGCUUGCUUGGUUCAAGCAGGGUAACUGUCACGGCGACCCGCUCAAGUACCCCGGGACACAAAUCGAAUCCUGGUCGGGUCUGUUUUCCAGCAUUCCCGACAUGUUUACCUCCUCGGGAACGGCCCCACUAUUCAAGGCGCUGGCAUCGGCCCCCUCACCGAUCCCAGUCGUAUAUGUGCGGCGAGGGGACAUUCAGGACCCAGUGGCAUCCACGGCAUUCGAGCGAUAUCAAAUCGCCACCACUCCAACCAUCAUUGCGGGGCUUCUGGCCUAUCUCAAAAACACGACGGUUGGUGCCAACGGACAGGGUGCCCCACGGUACGUACAGCAUGCUCUUGGCACUCCCGGCACCUACGGUGGAUACCACGCGGACGACUGGGUCCGUGCCGUUCUCCAUAUGUUGUACUUUCUGGACCGCCGCUCGGGCAAGCAACGCCUCGACGGGAAGAACGGCCCCAAGGGCGUCGUAGGGAAAGUCUACCUCUUCCGGGUUGAAGACUCGGGCGAAUUAUUAUCUGCAGAGCUGCACGCAGAGAUCGCACAGAACGUCCAGUCCCUACAGAACUUCCACUUGUCAACUGCGGUCCGCUCGGAGAGGAAGACAUUGUCGGCCGAGCAACGGAGGGAGCUAUACACUACCGGGGAGAUUUAUUCCCGGAUGUAUAAGCGGACCAUGACGCUCCUAAUGCAAGAUUUCGCCAAUCUCCAACGGGAUAACCUCCGGAGAAAAAACGGUGAAAAGCGGCCCGCGCCCGCGAAGGAGAACGACAUCCCGCCGAUGAGUGGCCUGAUUCUCCACGAGCUCAUUGACCACUUCUACAAGGAUGGUCGAUUCAAGGAGCCGCGCCAGACGCGCAUUGAGGGAGAUAUCACCAAGAGCUACCCUCAGUUCUUCAAGGGCGACGAAUCAUUUCAGGAGUUCCUGUCCACGCAAGAGCAGCUCGUGGACCAUCUCGCGGAGGCCGACCGACGACCUGGUGAAAGCUGGGAGCAGACCCGGGACAGGGUCGAGCAAGAGCUCAAGCUCAGCUUUGCCAUCAAGGAGAUCCUGGAGCGCGGACACCCGUUCGUCCGCGACCCCAACUACAGCGACGCCAAAUGGCUCACGGAUGCGGUGGAGCUCAGUGGCUGGCUCAAGGAACCCGAACCGCCCACCCCGGCCACUGAGGGUGGAGAGGCUCCCGGCCCGUCGACUCCGGCCCCCGCGGGCCAGUCAGAUAGCGCCAAGGAUCCGCGCUCCCCGCUCCGAUUCGAUUACGCUUCACUCAAGGCCAAGUACCCCUGGGCACAGUGGGACCUGGGUGGGGAGGCGGGGAAGCACUUGCUGGCUCACCAGCUCAUCGACGCGCUUAUCAUCCACAAGCUCGAAAGCAUGCCUUUCAAAACGUGGUUAUGUAUGAAUGAGGUUGGCACAGGUAAAACCUUCACUUACAUACACUCUGUCUCCCUCGCGGUCGCAGAGCUGGAGCGCAAACAUGCAAGUGGCGAGGCCAUAUCCGCCUGGCCCACACUCGUCGCCGUCCCGGCCAGUCUGUUGGCGCAGACCUUUACCGAGGCGGUCCGCAAUUUCCCGGGGCUUAAGUUCCACGCCUGGUACGGACACUCGACUAAUAUCGGCCGUGACGAUCCCCGGAAAGGUGCCACGCUAUCGACGAGUCAGUUCGACGAGAUGAUGCAUCACUGGUCGCAACAAAAGGGGUCUCCGAACACGGCCCGUAACGUCGUCCUCACUUCCUAUACCACCAUGGCCAAGCGCUGGGUCAGUUCGGUCAACGCCAGGUACAAGCCAUCGGAGAUGGUCGGGCCGUGGAAGCUCGACCAAGUCGAGCUCCGGAAGCGCGAAAGGGGGAAGACGCCCAUGAGGCCCGACCCUGUCGACGAAGACGGAUCCGGGUCAGAAGAUGGCGAUGACGAUGUUUACGACGAGGAUAUGGACUCGGAUGUGCUGGCUGAGCCGGUGUACGAGCCGGUGUACGACUCGUCAGACGAUGAUGCUCUCGGAAGCUCCAAGCCCAAGAUUGCCAAGUGCAAGAUCUACACCCUCCGAAUGACGUCAUGCAAGGACUUCAAAUGGCGCUGCGUCAUUGCGGACGAAGCCGCCACGAUGCGACACAGGGAGCGCCUCGCCUGGAGGAUGAUUCGCCUAAUCCCGAAGGAAGCACUAGGGUUUGUUUCAGCGACACCCGCCCAGAACCGGGAAACAGGCGGUAUGGACCGGUACUUUACUAUGCCGCCAGGGCUGUCUGCGACAGAUCUAAUCGCAGACGAUUUCCGGCCGAGUUACGAAGGUCUGGAGGCCAUCACCCGUUUCUCGCCAGACGAGAACUCGGUUGUCGCCCAGCUGAAGCACAUGGACGAAGUCCUCGGCCACCGCUGGUGGUUCCUGUCGGAGACAGUCCAAUCGAUGAUUACCGACGGACGGUCGUUAAGCGACCGUACUAACAGAAUCCUCAAGCAAAAUCAGCUCAUCGUCCUAAAUAGAGGGAUGAAUACUAAAGUCACACUGCCAAAUGGACAAGCUGUUUACCCUCAAGACAACAUCCCCCCGAUGAGGAUCAUUUCGGUGGAACUUGGCUAUGGCCACCGCGCUAAUCAGGUGGUGGAGGAGACUGACUCGAUCCUCGCCAAUAUCUCCCUCGGCAAGGUCGACGUGCCUGAGGGGACCGAUCAUAUCCACGAGGACUCACGCCCGACGGGAGCCGGGGAGAACCAAGCUCUAAGCCUGGCUCUAGUGAGAGCCCUUCAGUACCUCGCGCAUGAUUUCCACGCAUGGCGCAUGCUGUACGAGGAAGACGACGUUACGAAAAUGGAGACGUCGCGCCUGAUCGAGAUGGCCGAAGAGCAGCGGAAGGCAUCGCGAAGCCUCUCCCGCGCAGAAAACGUCCGGAAGGCCACCAAGGCCCACCUGACGUCGAAGGGCAAGCCUGCCCGCCUCGGUACGGAGCUGGUUCAACGCAUCGUUCAUGACUGUUCCGACGGCGGCCUCUCCUGGGUCUACGCGACCCUCAACCGCGAUCCCGACCAUAUGCCGCCAUCGGAGCGGCCGGCGAUGACACACUUCGCCAUGGCAGACUCACCAUCACUGGCAUUCGUGCUGAAAACAUGUCUCGAAUACAAAGAGAAAGGGAAGCGUGUGCUGGUCGUCGUGAAUUCGCCGUGGAUCCAGCAGAUGACAGUGGCCGCCCUGCGAAAAGCGAGUUUCAACACGCUUAAUAUCCACUCGGGUAUGAGUACCCAAAUGAGAGAAGCCGCCAUGCAAGAAUGGAACUCUGAAUCAGCAAAGGUUGACGUCCUCGUGCUCAACUCGGCGGUAUCGAGUGCCGGGCUGAACUGCCAUCUGCAGUGCUCAGUCGGAAUCGGCUUCGGAUUCGUGUGGAACGUAUCCACCAUACUCCAAUUCAUCGGACGGCUAUUCCGCAUCGGGCAGAAGUGGCCAGUGGAGUGGUAUCUCCCACAUGUUAUCUCCCCGAGGAUCAGGGAGACUUCAGGCGCGGAUUCGGAUGCCUUUCAGCAACUGUUCGCCUACGAGGCUGCCAGGCUCCUCAUAGUCACGCCGUUCAACCGGUAUGCGUGGGUUUCGGAACCUCCGCAAUCCAUUGCGGACUACUCCACCCGCCGAAACAUGGUGAUGGGCGACUUCUUCUCCGCACUCGUCCAAAAGAUGAUGACGGACCCCCCCCCGGAGGGGCCCGUAUUCGAUACGAUCCGAGAUUCGGUACCCCUCAUCGGGUCAGUGUUCGUUGAUAAAUACCUCCGGACCGGCGACUCCUACCGCGACGUAACACCCGAGGAUAUGACCUGGUCCAACAUCUACGAUACUGUCCCGCAGCUCCUGCGGGAGUGGGAGGAAAGACACGAGCGGUUUUGCAUGCCUCCAAUCGGUGAGCCGGAAAGGGACCAAUCGGCAUUCCGCACCCGCGGAAAAGCGGUGAUGCGGGCCCUGAACAUGACGCCCGUUAAGACGCCUCGGAAGAGGGCCCAGGCAUCGGGCGGGUCGUCGGGCAGGCCGGCGGGUGCCGGGAAGCGCAAGGCGGAAGAUGCCUUGGAAUCGCCGACUAAACGGGUGGCCCGGCGUACCGGUAAGGGAAACGCAGUGGCGACGCCGUCGUCCCCCGCCGACGAAGUGGAGCCAGAAUCGCCCCCGGACAGUGGAGCGGGCGCCGAGUUGCCCAGCAGUGUUGGAAUGGAGCCAGAGUCGAGCCCUGGAGAGGAGAUGGGUGCUGAGUCGAGCCCCGUCACUGGAGUGGAGCCAGUGUCGACCCCUGGUGAGGAGAUGGGUGCCGAGUCGCCUCCCGGCGACCAGUCAGAGUCAGAGCUAAGCUCCGUCGCGAGUGCUGAUCUCGAGUCGAACGGCGAGGGUGACGGUCCCGUCGAUAACUAG